AUGAUAAUCAUCAAUAGUUUCUAUCCUCAGCAGUUUGAGCAUCCUCAACUCGGUCCAAUUAUUGGAAGAAAGCGAAACGAGCAUGUCGUUCAGUUUCGUAUCAUUCCAUACGGCCAUGUUGCUGCACGUUUCCGACACGCCACAUUGGUCAGCGAGCUACCACCAAAACAACGCACGUUCACGGAACACGGCCAUGCCUGUCCUCAAAACGAGCAGUGCAUGGAACCAUUUGGUGGUCCUAUCCCGGGAAACGAAAAGCGAGAAUACGAUGAGUUUUUUUCUCUCGACCUGACCAUCAUAACACCAGGGUCGGCCUUGAAGUUUGGGAAUACCCACAAAGUACCCGUCAUGGUGUAUGUCCAUGGUGGAGGCUUUACGGUUGGUGCGCAAUACGGUGGCCCUAAUGGACCUCGUCGACGAAGCGGCAAACCUCAACGUCUGGCCUUCCAAUGUGUUCAAAAGUUCAUUUCGGGUUUUGGUGGUGACAUCAACAGGAUCACCGCACUCGGUGAAAGCGCUCCCAGUUCCUCACUCGCCUUCCACCUAAGUUACAAUGUCCCCCUCUUCGAUCGAGCCAUUCUACAAUCCGGAACGGCAUCUGCAGUCAGUCCCAAACCCCUUGCAAACAAAGACGAAGAAUACCAGGCACUGCUUAAGUUCUGCGGGAUCAGUGUAGACGAUCCUCAACGCCUCGAGAAGCUCAUAGCUGUACCGACUGACAAGAUCGUCGAGGCAGCUACGUCUAUCAACAAGGCAGCUUUCUCACCACUGGCCGACAAAAGCUUCUUUCCAAUUAUUCCCAAUUACCUCAAUCAUGCCAAGAUAAUAUCCGAUUGCUCUUGGAUAGCUGCUAUCGUCACAGGUGAUGUAGUGUUUGAGGGCUGUCUGUUUGCGCACAGCAUUGUGGAUGUGCGGCCUGAAGUUUUCUACCAACACGUGGAAAAUGCGCUUGGUGUAGAAAAUGCCAACAGAGUAUUAGAGGUUUACGAGAUCUCCAGAAACAUGAAUGAGAACUUGUUCUGGGCCAGAUUAUGCACAUUGUGUGGUGAUGCUAUGUUCUCCGGUAAGACAAUGUCCCUUUCAGCCCAUCAAUUUCAGCGAGGUUAA